AUGCUCAAUGCGAGGGACCGAUCCGCCAACAACACGAGACCACACCUGCACGCUGCCACAGACGAUCCCCACCGACCGAUGUUUCGCGAUCGUGUCAACACUCCAGGCGCCUCGUCUGAUUUCUCCGCCUACGGCGAGGACUCUUUCUUGCGACCUCAUCCCGCCGCUCAAUCGCCGUAUGCCACUCCCUUAUCGCCCAAAGGCACGCCGUAUACCUAUGCCGAUACCAUGUCGUCCCAGUAUCCGACACACAACCCGCAACGCGCGGGCCAAGGACAAUAUGUGCCUCCGCCGCCGCCCUUGAUGCACCAGCAGCAACCGCAGUAUGGGCAUAUCCCUCCACCUCCGCCUCGGCCACCCCUAUCCGCGACACAAUCGCAUGCGCCCUUCGUACCACCGCCUCCGGGGCCAAUGGGAGGCUACAACACCUACAACCGUCAGGCCAUGUACCAGCAGCCAUCUCAGAGCCAGCAGAGAGAACCGCAAGCCUACGAUCCGAGCCUGUACUUCGAGUACGCGCAGCUGCCUCCACUACCCGACAAUCAGCCCCUGACGUCUGCGACCUACAUACCAGAUGGUGGAAGUUUUGGGCCAGGAGUGGGGAUUCCUGGUCUGCAUUCUGGCAGUAGCCAACCGUAUGCACAUGCGAGGCCAGCACCGGUUCCUCAGCAACAUAGCUUCUAUCGCGGCGGCUCGAAUGAAUUCAGCGCAUCCUCUCAAGAUCUCUCACAGCCAAGAUACGGAAGCGAAGGGAGCUAUAGUUAUGAUGUUGGCGGAACUUGGUUCCAAUCGGGCACUCCCAGCCCAUACCAACAGCCUCCUCCUCAGCCAGCUUCUGCGCCUCCGCCGCUACAAAGCAAUCUCCCACCUCCAACGCCUACUGGUAGGCAGAAGACGCUGGUUUUACCCGCGAAAGAGACGGAACAGCAUACAUCACCCGCGGAAUCGAGCAGGCCUCCUUUUACGCAAAACAACACUAAUCAGGCUAAUGACAAUGCAUCCAACCGCGAUCACUCAUCAUCAGGCGAUAUCCCGGCGUCCCCGCAGGAUCAGAACUGGCCUGCCGAGCGUGUACAGACCUGGCUUGUGAUACAUAACUUUUCCAAAGAAUGGCAAGCUGCAUUUCAGCACCUGAGUGUGUCUGGAGGUCAAUUCUUGGACAUCGGUAGAAGCGGUGGGGUGAGGAACAUUGGCUUCAUGCCGCAGACACUGUUGCCUCAAGUCGCAAGAGAAUGCACGGCGAACGGUGUGAUGUGGGACCAGCAUAAGGAGCGAGAAGAAGGCAAAAGGCUGCGGAGAUUAGUGCGCGAUGUGAUCAAAUCAGGCGGUGGCGGAACGCCUCAGACGGCUGGAUCGAGCAGCACAACCAGCUUGCCGCUACGAGCCAACAGGAGAGAUUCGACCAGUGGACACGCAGGAGCGACAAGUGCCGGCACUGAUGCGGGAGGCUUGGAGACUUCACCAAACCUGCUAAGGCACGAGCCCAACUUUGGCUCAACUCCCUCCACAGCAGGUGGUGGAGAUGACUCGCCAGGACGUGCGUUGCCGCCUGGUGCGCAAGGCAGAGCGCCUGGUCAGAGCGGCCAGAGAUCAGUCACUUUGGACUCCUAUACCAACACGUUGAACGAGUCGGAGCGGAGCGCUUACUCGAAGAAUGCGCUUGCAUCGAUAGGCGACAUUCGAAGAACACAUUCACCCAGUGGCAGUACCUCAAACCUGAGCAUCAACAGCCAGAAGUACCAAAGUAGUCCGCACCACAGCCCAGCACCUGUGAAUGCCACGCCGAACGGCGCUGGCCAGAACAGAUAUUCCAGUGGUCAUUACCGCGGGACGAGCGACACAAGUGCCCCGCUGAAUGGUCAAGGUAGGUUCUAUGCAAGCCUGGCCAGCGACUACGAUGCUAAAAUUCUCCUUGAAGACCACGGAAGAAAUGCGCAAGACGGUUCGCGACCUCCACCGUCAGACAGCGGUGCGAGACAUGGUAGUAGGGAUACACCGAUAAGUGCAAGGGAACACAAGACUGGACUCUGGGCGAGAAUUCGAAGAGAUCGCAGAAAGGACGAACAUCCUUCACCAGACGACGAGCAUGGUCCCUCCAGUCCGCAGGCAUCCAGGCAUGGGCCGUAUGGAAAGCCUGGAGCCGCAUCUUCCGAUAUCUCAUUGGGCGAGCAUCCCUCGUCCAGGAAGGACCAGCACCUUAGCAUUGAGUCCUCUGACAGCCUCAUUCCGCCGAGGGGUAGACCGGCUUCUCGUGAAGAGGAGCAAAAGUUCAUCUUUGUGACACCAGAUGGCUGGAACUACCGCUUGAUUGAUAUAUCGCAGGUAGAGUCGGCUGAUCAGCUACGCACCGUGAUACAAUAUAAUCUAGGGAUACCCGACACCCCGGACAUCACUCUGUAUUUGACGUCGCCUGGCAAGCUCGAACACGAGGAGCCCCUCACCGAUCAGAUGCUGAUGAAUGCUAGAACGCGCAUGGCCGAUUUGAGUGGAAGUUUGAAGCUUUACGUACGAUCGUUGGGAAGCAUACCUGAUCCUCCGGAGAGCGCCGGUCUUGGCUUGACCGGCCUACCUCAAUCGCCUUUUGGCAAAGCAACCUUUGGCGAGAACCCUCUGGACGAGGCUACACUCAAGCGACUCCAAGAAGAUCAAAUCGCAUCGCCCUCGACUGCGACCCUGGCUUCGAACGCGAGCACACUGGUACCUGACAAGACCCGGAAUAUUCAGAUCCGGGAGAAGGAGGGCGAUGGAGGCUCUGGGGAUGCCCUUGCAUUGCUUCAGGAAAACAUGCUCCAGCAGGAUUUCCAAAGUCUGCCAUACGACAAGCAACAAGCUCUCCUCGAUGCAAGAGCAGAACAGCACAGAAAAGAGACACAGCGCAAGCAGAAAUUCUACCAGGCCCAGCGACGAUCGCAAAUCGUGGAAAGUGCUAAUGGCAAGGGAAUCCACGAUUUUGACCGUCCUAGAAUGUCGCCAUAUGAGCAAGAAAGGCAAUCGGCUGCACGGCCCGUGUCAUCUGGCUCGGGAGAUGCUGAGAGAAAGACCGACUUCCAGCCAAUGCGCAAAGCUCCUCCCGUUCCAGAGCCAACGACUACGCUGGUGAAAGCAAAUAGUCUCACCAAGAAGCAGGGUCCGAACGCGCGCACUAGCUGGCCAAACCGCAAAGAAGAGCCUUGGAAGAGAAUCUCGAAUGGCUCAAUUCCAGAAGAAGAUCUAAAGCGACCUGCUGCAAAGGGUAUUGGAGCCGCAUUGGCAGGCGCUGGCAGAGCUGCUGGUUCUAUUGCAGCCCCCAACAGUGCACCUAACAGCGCGCCGGCCAUGUCUUCUCAUUUACAGAAAUCAAUGACUGCUCCAGACUUUGGGGAGGAAGCUGCUCGGGCUUUGGCCUCAGUCAACUUUGGAUCACGGUCCGCAUCGACUGGAGGUCGCAAUAGUCCUAACACGCCUCGUAGUCCCUUCACUAUGUCUAAAGGCGGAACGACGUUUAGGGUGCCAGAAUAUGAGGAGGUCGAAGAUGAAGAAGACACGCUCAAGGCCAACCAGAGACCAAACCUGUCGAUACGGACACCCUCCAAUCCAUUGGUCACGAGAGUCCAAAAAGAGGGCAGACCUCACAGUCCGGAACUUAGUCCAAGUACCCAGCGGCCACCUCCCGCAUCGCUCAACCGUAUGGUGAGCAAACGAGGGCCUAAUUUCGACGUUCCGGAACAUGAGAUUGACUUCGCCCCAUCUCCCAAUAUCGGUGCAUUGGACUCCUCGGACGAAGAUUCUGACGAUGGCCUGUUUGCCAUCCCUCUGGCCAAGCAGAAAGACAAACUCGUGACCGCCGUCAACAAGAAGGUGCCUUCGCAGGCGAAGGCCAAAGCUGUCCUUGGUGUUACUGGAACGGACAACCGCUCGCCGAGCAGGCCAGAGCUCAGAGUAAAGACGUCAAAGAACAACGUGAGGUUUGACUCGCCAAAGAACCCUCCGCUUGACAAAUUCGAGGACUUGGACGAGACAGAAGGGCAGCCUUCAACGUCUUCGGCUAAUCCAUGGUCCACUGACUCCCCAGAUGAUCCUGCGCGGUUCGGCGGCCGCCGUGAGAGCUUCGCAAGUGAUAUCUGGGCCAAUCGUCCUCCUGUAGAAGACAUCGCCGAGCGUCUCGACAACUUCUUCCCCAAUGUUGACCUCGACCAGCCAAUGGGCGAAGAUGGCGAGAAUGGCGAAAGCAGUCCGGUGUCGACCGACAAGUCCACGUUGGCCUCUAUGUCAUCUUCGUCAGAGCUCAACGUGAGUAGGACGACGACACCAGCUUCGAGCGCCGAGAAUAUGGACACGCUCGGCAGCGAAGACUCGACUCUUAGAGCGGGUGCGUCAUCAGUCGCCGAGCGAAGCAUGCGAAAAUCUGCCAACAUGGGCGGUGGUCUGGGAAGAACGAAGAGCAUCCGCGACGUGGUCAAGAACAACUACUCCCAUCUCAGUGGACCCUCGAAUCAUCCUUCUGUGUCUUCUACGCAAUCUAGUAGAGCUCCAAGCACAGUCGGUGUACCAGCUGCCCCAGCUCCUGUCUCUAACAGAAUCAGCACCCUUAGGAACGAUGGUGGCAUUGUCCGACGCAAGAGUACCAAGAUGUUUGGCGCCAAGAUUGAGCAGGUCAAACCACAACGAGGCAGCCGACUCAUCACCAAUCUCGAUACCAUUCCCCAGGACACCAUUCCUGUGGGCAAUGUGCAACACAUGAGACCCGAACGGCAACCCACGUUCAAAUGGAUGCGAGGUCAACUUAUUGGCAAAGGAACUUUUGGACGCGUCUACCUUGGUAUGAACACCACUACGGGAGAACUUCUCGCUGUCAAGCAGGUUGAAGUCAACCCUAAAGCAGCCAAUACGGACCCAGCCAAGAUCCGCGAAAUGGUGAAAGCUCUUGACCAGGAAAUCGACACGAUGCAACAUCUCGAUCAUGUCAAUAUUGUCCAAUAUCUCGGGUGCGAGAGGAAAGAAUAUAGCAUCUCCAUCUUCUUGGAAUACAUUUCUGGUGGUAGUGUGGGCUCUUGCUUGCGGAAACAUGGCAAGUUUGAGGAACCUGUCGUUUCUUCCCUAACGAGACAAACGCUCAUGGGGCUAUCGUAUCUCCAUUCCGAAGGUAUCUUACAUCGAGACUUGAAAGCGGACAAUAUCCUCCUGGAUCUAGACGGGACGUGCAAAAUUUCUGAUUUUGGAAUCUCAAAGCGGUCUGCAAAUCCUUACAAUAACGACAUCACGAACUCGAUGCAAGGGUCUGUCUUUUGGAUGGCGCCUGAAGUGAUUCGUGCUCAGUCGCAAGCCAUGACGGACCCUUCGGGCGACGGCUUGGAUCCUCAAAGCAUGAACAAAGGCUACUCGGCCAAAGUGGACAUCUGGUCCCUCGGAUGCGUGGUUUUGGAGAUGUUCGCGGGGAGGAGACCUUGGAGUAAGGAAGAAGCUAUCGGGGCAAUCUACAAACUGGGAUCAUUGAAUCAGGCGCCUCCGAUUCCGGAUGAUGUCUCCACCGUGGUGGGACCGGCGGCGCUGAGUUUCAUGUACGACUGUUUUACCAUGUAAGUUUGGACCCGGCGGAGUGGAAGGAAAGGUGUAAGGAAGAAGAAUACUGACAUGUAGAACAGUGAUCCCGGCGAACGCCCGACGGCGGAAACACUCCUGCGAAGUCCCUUUUGCAUUUUCGAUCCGCGUUAUAAUUUCUUGGAUACGGACCUGUAUGCCAAGAUCCGCGGCGCUUUCUAG